AUGCCACCAGUAGACGAGCCUAUGUUUCCUAUACUACCUGGAGAUCCCUAUUUCCCCGACUAUGCAUCCGUGUACCAACCCAUUUCUCCACCAAAACAUGCAUCGAUGCAAUCUGAAGAGUUCGAGCCUGAAGAAGAUCCAGAGGAGGAUCCGGAAGAGGAACUGAAGGAGGAGAUGGAGGAGGAACCUAAGGUUGGUCCCGAAGAAGAUAUGGAUGAAGAUGAGGUGAUAAUGAUAAACGAUUCAAAGUUAUCCGCCUCAAUUCCACCUACUCCCAGCCGCUCUUUCUUGGAUUUUCACUCCGCCGCUCCAGGAAAAACCGAUAGCAUUUCGGUCCUAAAACCCGUUACUAAAAAAUAUAACUUGAGGUUCCCUCACACCAAAAAGACGAAUGAACCACCUGUUUCGGAAAGCAACCAUGGGAACCAAAGAACGGCAGAAAAGCAGACUACAGGAACAUUUGAAGAAGGACAAGCAUCUGGAGCUACACCUGCAUCUGACAUGGGCAUUAACAAAUUCUCCUUCCUACUUGAGCAUAACAUCCAAUUGCACGGAGAAAUGUGGCAUGUCAGUGAUGAACUAAGCAACAUGCAAGGUCAAUCCAUAAAAACGAAGGAAGAAAUAGCCCGAAUGAAUCAACGAUAA